AAACGAAUAAUACAAUAUGCAAAUUCCAAAAGGAUUGAAGAAUUAAUUCUGCAGAAAGAAGAUAAGAUCUAUCUACUUCGAAAAAAUAUCAAAAUAACUAGAUCUAGCAAUAAACUCAACUAUAAGAAAUUGGAAUUAUUUAAAAUCUUGUAA